AUGUCCGACAAACUCAAUGUACUGAUGUGCGGCUCGGGUGAGUAUACCACGGGAUGGACGGGAUCUGGAGCCUCCAAGUCGGAUAAGAAGAUCGGCGUCGUCGGUCUUACUCUCUUUGAUUUGCGCCGUCUUGGGAAGGUCGAUAAGCUCGGCAUGGCUGCAGUUACUGGAUCCAAGUACCCCGCCAUUCGUGAACACUUGCAGGAGAAUAUCGGGAACGUGUACAAGGGCAUGGAUACUUCCUUCGACUCCUUCCCCGACAAUGACAAGGUCGACCCAGAAUCCUACAAGACCGCCAUCGACAAGAUGUCGCCCGGCGAGGCCGUCAUCAUCUUCACACCGGACAGCACGCACUACCCGAUCGCGAAAUACGCCCUGGAGCGCAAGAUGCACGUUCUUGUCACGAAGCCCGCAACACAACUCCUGUCGCACCACUCCGACCUUAUUCAGCUAGCGAAGGAGAACGGCGUCGUGUGUAUGGUUGAGCACCACAAGCGUUUCGACCCCGCAUACAGCGAUGCGCGUGCGCGUGCGGCUGCGCUCGGCGAGUUUAACUUCUUCAAUGCGUGGAUGAGCCAGCCGAAGAGCCAGCUUGAGACGUUCCGCGCGUGGGCAGGGAAGGACUCGGAUAUCAGCUAUUACUUGUCCAGCCACCAUAUAGAUAUUUGCUGCUGGAUCCUCCAAGACAAGGCAGUACCUACACGCGUCGUGGCGAGCGCAGCGACUGGCAUCGCGACCAGCGAGCCAUACAACUGUGUUCCUCAAACUGAAGACACGAUCACGCUUCUCGUCGACUGGCAGUCUCUGGGUAGCUCAAAACACAAGGGCACUGCUGUUUACACCGCGUCAUGGACCGCACCUCUCAAAUCGGGCGUGCACUCUGCGCAGCACUGGUACUAUAUGGCUGAGAAGGGUGAGAUCAACGUCGACCAGGCGCACCGUGGCUACGACGUGACUGUCGAUGACACGGGCAAGUCAUGGUUCAACCCAUUCUACAUGAAGUACUCUCCCUCCGCCGACGGUUACUUCGAUGGUCAACGUGGCUACGGUUACGUCUCGAUUGAGAAGUUUGUGGACGCGGCCCGUGCGGUCAACAGCGGCGCAAAUACUGCAGCAGACUUCGAUGCGCAAGGCCUGCCGACGAUUGCCAACACUGUGCUCACCACCGCCAUCCUCAAUGCUGGCCGCAUCUCGCUCGACGAGAAACGCGCCGUUAACAUCAAGAAGGAUGGGGACCAGUGGGUGCUUGAGUAG